AUGGAGCGCGUGGACUGGGUGUUUAACUGCCUCCCCGCGGCGCUGGAGUUGGAGGUGGCAUGCGUGCGCUGGCUUCACAAUCUCGUCCAGUGGCACUGCCCACGCGAUGGAAAUUCGACCCCCGCCGCAUCAGUCGUCCCCAGUGAUGUGGCUGAUGCUUUAUUAUCAACAGAAGAUCCAACUGGUUCUGCUAAAAGCUUUUGGGAUCAACUUGAGCAAUCGCACCGUAUGAUCUGGGCUACGGUGCAGGAAACUUCCUUUUGGGCCACAGAAAGGCAGCUGUAUCGGCAUAGGCUUCAACAACAGCGCGUUAGAAUGCUCAAUGCGUGUGAGCGCGCAUUAGCAAAUUUCAGCGGCAGAUUGUGA